AGAGAACAGGAGACAGAUGAAAAAGUUUUCUCAGUUUGCUUUGCCAUCUCUGUUUGUUAACAUUUCUGAACAUUAAUUAAGCCCUUUUUUUACCUCUUGUUGACCAAAAGACAUAAGAAGGAUCAACAGCAACGUUCAGUUUUGGGUAAUUAUCCUUCAUUCAACGUUCACUUUUCACUUUGUGCUUACCCUUUGGUGUUGUCAUUAAAUGAUUUCAUGGUAAAUCGGCUUAAACUGAAUCACAUUUUGAAUAAUCAUCUCAAGCCAUUUCUAAUCAUUUCUUUUUAUCUAUCUAUCUAUCUCUCACUCUCUGCCCAAUCUAUCUGGCUCACUCACACUCUCUCUCUUCCUCUCCCAGUCUCCUCAGUAUAUCUAUUUUUCUUAUGUGUUGACUUAUUGUUCAUCUAGUGACUUAUUGUUCAACUUUACUUUUUUGUUUCAUCACCACCCUCAAAUCUAAGAAUUUAGAAAUUAGGUCAACUAUCAAUGUCCUAGAGUACCGUUAACAUUAGAUUGGGCCCUACAAAGACUGUGACUCCAUGAGACAAAUGCCUGAGCCUGGAAAAGGAAAAAGAAAUGAUACAACUGUUGCGUCCAAUGAUGGCCUUUACACCAUUCAAUACACGGAAAGUGAGAGCAACGAUGAUAUAUCUGAAGGACACAUGAAUGAUAGUAAAAUGAUCGUCAUGGAGCAUCUUUAUGUUAACGUUUCUUUGCGUUUGGAUGUUUUCUGUAAAGUUAGUGAAGGUGGCCUUUAUGAGUGUUUACAUUGUCCCGAUGUUUGUCCGUCUAUUGAAGAGUUUAAAAAGCAUUAUAAGGAAAAGCAUUUGGAAACUUUCUAUGAUUGUACUAAGUGUGGAUUCAGUACUUUAUGUCAAGGAACUAUGUCCGACCAUGUGUCCAGAUAUCAUGACAACGAUGCCUCUCUAGUUAAAAGAAAGCUUAUCCGUAAAGUAUCAGCAGGAUCAGAUGAAUAUCAAACUUCAGUUUAUGGCUCAUUCAUAAGCCAAUCUAAUAAAACAAAGAUUCCAGCUAUCAACAGUAAUAGUUCUCAGGUUGACAAACUGGAUAAUGUUUCUCCUAAACCUGAAAUGGGACGAAGACCCCAUGAACGAACAAAGGAAAAUGAAUUAGACAGUGAUAUCGACAAAAUGGACCAUGACGAAAGUGACGGAUCAGACUCUGAAGGUAGAACCAAUGAGUCUAGGCACGAGUGCAAAGUGUGCUCACAAAAGUUUACUCGAUCUGAAAGAGUUCGUGAACAUUAUGAUGCCAUUCAUUUAAACAUGGUUUACAUUUGUUGUAUUUGUGGGUAUACUAACCGUUGGAAAAGAUCUGUCAUUCAACACUUGAGAUCAAAGCAUGAGAAAAUUCCGCCCUAUAAACAUCUCAUGGUUAAAAAGCGCGUUGAUGAUCAUGAAUUGAAUAACAAGCAGCCAAAUUUUUCAAAUUUACAAUCUCAAAACCAGCGUAUCGACGAUACGACUCCUAAUUUAUCUCCAUUUCAUGAUGAUGAUGAGGAAGAAGAAGAGUUGAGAGGUCGGCAGAUGUUGGCCAUUGAAGAUCGGCAUUUUGAUAGUGACUUACAUGAUGAUAUGGAAGACUUAGAAGCAGAUGAUUACGAUGAAGGCCUUGAUGCUGGUUGUGAACAUGAGCUUGAUCUCUCGCGAAACUCUAUGACACAUCAAGAAAAGCACCUAUAUAAAUCAAAUCAAGGGCCAGCAGACUUUUCUCUUAAUAAUCAGAGUCAAUCGCCAUAUGAAACAAUUUUGAUUUGCAGAAUCUGUGGUUACUCUCAUAAAUGGCCUUUAGUAAUGACAAAUCAUUUCUUGAUUGCUCAUAAACUUUCUCCUCCGUAUGAUAAAUACAUCAAAGAAACCAGAAGUAAUAGCUUUAGUCGAAUGCUUGACAACUUUCACUCUAAGCCACUAAUGCCUUCAAACAACCACAAAGGUGGCUAUUUAAAAGAGAUUUUGGAUCUAUCAACUUCUCAAUAUAAUCGCAACAACGAAGCAAAUAAUUCACAUUUUGGUUUUAGCUUAAACUCAUUUGCCAAAUCUACUCCUUUGGGUUCCGGUCCAAAUUUACAGAAUUAUAUCUGUAAGAUGUGCGACAAAUCAUUUGAUACUCUUCGUGGACUUAAGGAACAUACUGAAGGUAUGCACACCGAUCUCGUUUGGGCUUGUAAACUUUGCCCAUUUACAGAUAAAUGGCGUCCUCAAGCAAUAUCGCAUUUAAGAAAUUCACAUAAUUGCCAACCUCCUUACAAUGAUCAUCUAUCCCGAAGAAAUGCCAACUCAGCUUCAAACCAUAUCAGUCGACCUCAAUCAUCGGAGGAUUCUGGAUCUCAUCUCGAUCUCCCAUCUACUAGCAACAGUUUCAGUGAACACUCAAGUUUUGAUCUUCCUUCUGGUCUGCGACACUGCAAGGAGCCUAAGAUGAACUCUAAAGAAUGUUACACCAAACUUGCCAAUGAUCAAUACCAAUGUACAAAGUGUAACAAAACUUGUGGUAGUGCUCAAGGAAUUACUGAACAUUAUGAAGCUUUCCAUUUGGGUAUGCUUUAUUACUGUCAACUUUGUGACUUCACAGAUGUUUGGCGUUCAAUGAUGACCAAACAUUUAAGGCAAAAACAUCAACUUGGAAAACCUUAUGACGAAUACUUAAAAAGAGUCAAACUUGACCCUAACUCAAAACAAAUAACUGACACUACUUUGAUGGACAACUUCCGGAGAAGGUCAAAUCCUAUGAAAAAUACUCAACUUUCUCCUGAAGGUCCUCCACUCCCUCAUGUUAUUUUACCCCAUAAGUCACUUGUGCCCCAACCUUCAGCCAGUAGUAACGGAAGUAGUCAGAGUAAAACUCCAAAAAAUCUUAUCUCCAAUGGUAGAUCAUUAAUUGCAACCCCUUCUAAUGGGUUGAUGCCGACCGGUGGUGGAGUGUGCCUUGAGUCAAAGGUAACUCCUAAAUUACAGUCAAGCCAUAAACAAGAUUCUUCGAUGGGUAAACAAUAUAUUCAUCUUGACAAUCAAUUGAAAUGUAAACUCUGUGGAUCAGUAUUCACGUCCUUACAAGGUUUCCAAGAGCAUUACGAAGCCAUACAUCUUGAUGUUAUUUGGACUUGUCGUAAAUGUCCUACAUCGUUUAGAUGGAGACAACAGUUGACUAAGCAUUUGAAAUUAAUCCAUGAAUGUGAACCACCAUUCAAUGAAUAUAUGCUGAAAGAGGCAGGAAGCCAUAAAUUGAAGAAACCUAUCCCAGAAAAGUCUCCUCAUGGAGCUUAUGCUCGUCGUUCCAUUUUGCCAAAAGAAAAUGAAUCUAUUGAUUAUAAACAGUCAUCUUUAGAGGAUGAUGCUGAAUCGUCCUUACCUGUUAUCAAAGAUCAAGACUCAAUCAAUAACGAAUUUAAUGAACUAGCGAUUCCAGAAGAUUUAAGUAUGAGUGACAAAGCAAGUUUCUCAUCAACUACAACCACUACAACUACCACUAAUAAUAACUCUACUCCGGUCACAACUCCAUCGGCGAUGAAAAAUUAUACAUAUCUUAAUAAUCAAUUUUUAUGUAAAUUGUGUUCAGCCAAUUUCACAAGUCUCCAGGGUUUCCAAGAGCAUCAUGAAGCUGUUCAUCUUAAUAUUGUUUUUGUAUGUAAAUUAUGUGGCUUCACCAAUCGUUGGAGACCUCAAGUCACCAGUCAUUUAAAAAGAAACCACGCGGUUGAUCCACCCUAUGCCGAUUAUCUUAUCAAACGCCCAGGUAAUCGAAACGAUGAAACUAAAGACGAUGAAGCCAAAAUUGACGACAUGGAGAUUGAUGAAAUGGAUCAAUAUCUUGACGGUGAUCGAGAUCUUGAUGCAGACCAAUAUCUUGGUUCAGAUCGAGAUCUUGAUGCUGAUCAAUAUCUAGAUGGAGACCGAGAUCGCGAUGCAGAUCAAGAACGCGACGAUGAGCAAGAUCGAGAUGUUGACCAAGAUCUUGAACCUGAUCAAGAUAAUGAUGAUGAUCAAGACCGCGAUGAAGACCAAGAUCUUGAUGAAGAUCAUAAUGUUGAAGAUAAUGUUGAUCAUAAUGAUUAUGAUGGUUCUGCUCAGGAUAUGAUUCAUCAUAAUGGAUCAGAACAUGAUACAGAGACAAGUAAUAAUGUGAUGAAAAAUGAGCACGAGUUCAAUGUUAACAAUCUUUGAAUACGUUUUUUUUGGGCUUUUGAAGGGCCAAACCCUCAAAUUUUUUUUAUACAAAUUACAUCAAUCUAUGCAUUGAAAUUAUCAGAAUUUCCAAGGAAUAUUUAACGAUUUGAAAACAAUGUAACCGCCUUUCUAUAUAUAUAAUUAUAUUUUUUAGUAGCCUUUUCGACAUUCCUUUCCUAUUCUCUUUCUCUGUCUAUUCCUAUUUUCUUUCAAUUUCAUGAUAAAAUACAA